AUUCGGUUUAUUUACGUUUGAUCGAACUGUUCGAGAAAAAAAACACACCUGAAAAACAAAACAAAUAACACGACAAAUUGUUAAUAAGACAGAACCUAUAGCUGUAGACAAUAUGAUUGGUAAAUUAUCAGCUUGGUAUCGCGACAAUGUCUCGGAGGCCGCUGACUGCUUUGCUUGUCGGCUUAUAAGCGGAUUUGGCAUGAUCGGCAUUGGAGCCUUUAUAUUAGCGCAAGCAAAACGCCGGCGUUCGCCUUUAGAAAACUACACAAUGAAAAGCAUUGCAGCAGUUGCUGGCGUUCUUGGAGUGGCACGUUUGGCAGAUGCAAAUUUCUUGAAGGCGAAGGCGGAGCCCGUCCACAAACAGACGAAACCCACAGGAGAUCAUCCAUUCUUUAAACGCGGAAGUUAAUUAGUCAUAAUCGUAUUCGUAUUUGUAAAUUUAGUUUGUUCAUUACAAUAAUUAUACAAGCAUAUGAACAUAUGCUCAUUUCUAAGAUUAA